UCUCUAUUAAAGUCUUGGAGCCACUUCCUGUUUGGAACACCAGGGGGAGGAGUCGAGCUUUCCAGUGAUACAUGUGUCUGUGCAAUAAACUAAGACUGUUCGAGCAGCUGUCCACCAGUGACGGUUUACUGGUGCUGCAGGUGUUUGGACCCAUCACCGUGGUUCUGGCCGUGUUGGGCAUCUGUGCUGCUGCUCUGGACUACAAACCUCUGCUGCUGCUGUUUUCUGCUUUAAUCUUCAUCGAGUUUGUGGCUAUGAUGGUUGUGGCUUCACCGCUGGUUCAAGUUCAAAGUCAGAUGGACGGAGCGGUGGAUGAGGUGUUUCUGAAGGCCACGCCCCUCCACACAUUGAAUUUGUUGAACGGUUGUCCAAAUCUUACAGGGAAAAAUGUUGGACUUUUGAAACGUAUGCAAGAUAAAGUGACUGAAAUAGAUGCAGAUCAGAAAUUGGUAUUUCUGCAUUGUAUUGUACACCAACAUGUGUUGUGCAAGUCAGUGCUAAAAAUUAACCAUGUUGUUGAUGUUGUUUCUAAAAUAGUAAACUUCAUGUGGUCACGUGCAUUGAAUCACAGACAGUUUGUCGCACUUUUGGAGGAGCAUGAGAGUGAGUAUAGAGACAUCGGCUACCACACAGCUGUCAGAUGGCUCAGCCUGGGCAAAGUGCUAAAAAGAGUUUGGGACCUGAAAGCAGAGAUUCAAGAGUUUUGUGAGGAGAAAGGCAAAGACAUCCCAGAGCUGUCAGAUGAGGACUGGGUGGCAGAUGUUGCAUUUGCUGUUGAUGUGACUGCACUGAUUAAUGAACUGAACACCAAACUGCAAGGCAAGGGCCUUUUUUUUCAUGAAAUGCACAGCCUGGUGAAGGCUUUCAUGAGAAAGAUGCAGUUUCUUUCAAGCCAACUGGAGAGUAACACUCUGACUCACAUGCAAACCCUAAAAGAAGUCGCACCAUCAGCUAAUCGACUCAGCAGGUACUCAUCCAUGUUAGGAGCAUUGCAUGGUCAGUUUUCAAGGAGAUUUGAAGAUCUCAGAACAAUCGAGGAUGAAAUGAACAUGAUUUCCUCUCCCUUCACCUGCAGUGUGGGUAAUGCCGCCAGUGACGUUCAGCUGGAACUCAUUGACCUGCAGUCUGAUGCAUUACUGGCAGAGCAAUUCAAGUCUGUAUCUCUGCUGGAUUUUUACUCUUCUCUCAAGGAGGAGACCUUUCCAAACAUGAGGAGACAUGCUCAGAAGAUGUUGGUUCUCUUUGGCUCCACCUAUAUAUGUGAACAAACAUUUUCAAUGAUGAAGUUCACAAAAUCCAGAUAUAGAUCCUCUCUCACUGAUGAUCAUCUGUCAGCUGUGCUUCGCAUCUCCACCUCAGACACUCAACCGGACUUGGAUGCACUUGUUAAAGCCCAGCAGAGACUAGAUUUAUCUCACUAAGCAAGAAAGAAGAGCUUAAAGCAUCAAAUAAGGUGGUUAGACCACAAAUGUAGACACCAACUAGCAGUGAACUGGGACACUUCCUUUGGAAGCCUGUUUCUCAAAAUCCCAGUUCCGUGAUGUUCAGAGACAGAUCAAUGUGAUGUAUCUUUCUUAAUGAGCACAAAAACAAUAUUGUGAUGUUUUUAGGAUGCUAAGAACUUUGACACAACUUUCCAACAGUAUAUUAAACUCAAAAUGUGUUUUAGAGUGAAUGUGACUGAAAGUGUUCAUUAAUAUGAGUCACAAAUGGUAAAAUGUUCACAUUUAUUUUACCAUUGUUUUGAGAAAUUUAUUUGAAUAAAUUACAUUUUUUGUAAGGCAACCUCAAUUUUUCAUUGCUUAAUUGUAACAUAUACUCUUAUACAAUCUUAUACAAUUAAUAUUCGAGAAUUAAGUUCAGCAUUUUGGCCUGGCCCUCCAGAAUAUUUUCCCUUUCUAAUGUGGCCCCAUGGAGAAAAUAAUUGCCCACCCCUGCUCUAGAAUCUCAUCAAGAGGUGCUAACCUCUACAGUUCUCUAGUCAGGCAACAGAUGGCGCCAUAUUUCACUUUGUCAAGUGCUCCAGGUUUGCUUUGCUUUGCUUUUCCCCACACUUGAAGGGGAUUCUGGUUUGCUUUGUAAGGAUGAGGCAGGAUUCCACUCAGAUUGUUUUUUUAUUUUCAGUAGUCAUGUGACCAACCAGGUGAAAAACCUUAAAAAAAGAGAAACAAGUGUAAACCCCGGUUACAAUACAAAAAAAAAAAAAAAAAA